AUGCCGGCACUUCCGUUCGAGCUUUGGAUCCAUAUCGCUGACUACAUACCGCCCUACGACCUCCCGAGGUUUGCUGGAGUGAACAGGUUGUUCUUCGAGGCGAUUAUGGAUCAGCUGUACAACCAAUUAAGCUUCAUUAGCUCGGAUACUCGUGUGUUCACAGAGAAGGUACAGGCAUUAAACAGCACAAGUCUGGCUGAAAGGGUUCGAGUGUUGACCCUUUGGCCAGGAGCAAUCCGAGAUGCUAUUGGAGGAAAAGGUGGAGAGGAUUCAUCGGACGACGAAGGAUCUACACGUAAUCGAUCCCCCAGCCCAAAGUUCAAACACGCUCGAUAUCUGAUGAGAGGUCGCGAGUAUGUUGGAGAAUUGCUUGGACACCGCAGAUCGCCAUCUGUACCCUCAUCGCGAGCUGGUGUAAAGUCUUCAGGUUCGGCCCACGAGCGCCGGCAAAUGUUUUUUGACGCCAUCCGAAAUCUAACCCGAGUGGAGGAAAUGCGGAUUGACUGGUAUUACGACAAGGGCGUUGGUGGCGAUGCGUGGACGUUCGCAUUCUUCCCGGAAAUUUGGAAACACAUUGGCCAGAACCUUCAACGACUAUCCAUAGAUAUCCAGGUCUACAAAAUGAACGACGCCGUCAAAUAUUGUGGAUCCCUGCCCAAUCUGGAAGAACUGACCUUGGUGCUGAGGUGCGAUAACGCUCGCGGACACCCUGGCGAUACCAUCGUUCCGUACUUCAUCAACAACCACGCAUCGACACUCCGACGGCUUUCUUUAAAGACGAUCGGACAUCAGGACUUAUCCCUUAUUUUCCAGCUUUUAGGGAUCCUUCCGCACCUGACUCAUCUGUCCAUUGGAAUGCCCCUUGACGCCCGACAUCUCCCCGACCCAUCCGGCUUCAAUCAGUUUCUUCAGAACCAUCCAAAGCUGCAGAAUUUUAGUAUACGCUACAUACGUUGCUGUACAGACUGCGCGUAUGAUGGGUUUAGUACGUUCGACGGGAAGCACAAAUUGUUUCGAAACAUCACACUCCCCGCCAUGCACACUCUGGAGUUAGGGUUGCAUAUCCCUAUGGCAGUUGGUGCGACAGACCCUUUAUAUUACAGUAUUGCGAGGUUGGGGACCAGCCUCACAUCUCUGACGCUGAAAGAUCGUAGCCUGAAGCUUGAUGAGGUCAAGGCAAUAUUGAGGCUUUUCCCUAGUUAUCGCCUCAAGAGGCUGUCUCUCUUUGCCCAACUAUUGACACCGCAACUCAUUGAUCACAUUGCGAAAGUCUGCCCCGCUCUCAAUUCCCUUUCCCUGGAUGUUGAAACGAUCGUCAAAUCAGAAGAUGCUACCGAUCGCCGUAACAAUGAUGUGGACGGGUUUUCGGAGGCUCUGGCCAACUAUGCUGUCGACCUUGAUAACGACCGAUGGCGGUACAGAACUUGGCUGCUCUCCGACAUUUCAAUUAUGCACUGGGAGUUUAAAGUAGGACAUCAGUACAACUGGGCGUGUAUGAACGCUAUUGCAUAUUCCGUUCCCUCUGUGCGGAGUUUUGCCGGCCGAGGACAUAUGCUCGACAGUAACACACCAUGCUCUGAAGAAGGCAAGUUGAUUGUCGAUCUGGGCGAACGCACAAAACCUUUCGACACAUAG